AUGUCUUGUGUUCAUAGCGGGUUUCUGACGAUUUCAGAGAGGAAAAACAAAAAGCAUGCUCGACUACAUUUCGCGUGUCAAGGAAAAGGAGAACACUGUUUAUACGCGAAAACAUUCUUCACCAUGAAAACGCGGCAGCCGAGGCUUUGGGUGAGUCCGAAAACGUUGGGUCACCACUUCAUCGUUUUUAGCUCAAAAUUUGCCCAAAUUCAGAAUCCAUGUGCUGUCGUUCACAAUACAUGUACGGUUUUCAUGUCUAUGGGGUGA